CCAUUGUGGCCAGUUCGAUCGGUAUCGGGAGCGGAGAGCGGAGCCCAGCGAGCCCGGAGCAAGGGAGCAGCCCCCCCCCGCCAACGGCCGGCCCCCGAGUCACCAUCAACACCGCGGGAGGCGGCGCUGCUGCUGCUGCUGCUGCGAAAGCCAGUCACCACCGUCCACCGACAGUCACCGACGCCAUGAGCAGCGAGGCCGAGACCCAGGCGCCCCCUGCCGCCGCCGCCCCUCUACCCGCGGCGGCAACGACGGCGGCGCCCACGGCCCCGUCCCCCGCCGCAGCAGCCGCCGCCGCUGUCGUCGUCAUCCCGGACGCCAAACCCGGUAACGGCGGCAGCGGAGGAGGCGGCGGCGGCGGCAACGGAACCAACGGCGGCGGCCUGGGCUCGGCAGCGGCCCCCGCCGGCGGGGACAAGAAGGUCAUCGCAACGAAGGUUUUGGGGACAGUGAAAUGGUUCAACGUAAGGAACGGCUAUGGCUUCAUCAACAGGAAUGACACCAAGGAAGAUGUGUUUGUCCACCAGACUGCUAUAAAGAAGAAUAACCCCAGGAAGUACCUUCGCAGUGUAGGAGAUGGAGAGACUGUGGAGUUUGAUGUGGUUGAAGGAGAAAAGGGUGCAGAGGCAGCUAAUGUUACAGGGCCUGGUGGCGUUCCAGUGCAAGGCAGUAAAUACGCAGCAGACCGUAACCAGUACAGACGAUAUCCACGGCGUAGAGGUCCUCCACGCAACUACCAGCAAAAUUACCAAAACAGUGAGAGUGGGGAAAAGAAUGAAGGGUCAGAGAGCUUGCCAGAAGGCCAAUCCCAACAGCGCCGCCCCUACCGCAGAAGACGGUACCCACCUUACUACAUGCGUCGGCCUUAUGGCCGGCGGCCACAGUAUUCCAAUGCUCCUGUGCAAGGCGAGAUAGUGGAGGGUGCUGAUAACCAGGGUGCAGGAGAGCAAGGCAGACCUGUCAGACAGAACAUGUAUCGGGGUUACAGACCACGCUAUCGCAGGGGUCCUCCUCGUCAACGACAGCCCAGGGAGGAAGGCAAAGAAGAAGACAAAGAGAACCAGGGUGAUGAGGCCCAGGGUCAGCAGCCAUCUCAGCGUCGGUACCAUCGUAAUUUCAAUUACCGACGCAGACGCCCAGAAAACCCUAAACCACAAGAUGGCAAAGAGACAAAGGCAGCCGAACCAUCAGCUGAGAACACGUCCGCUCCCGAGGCUGAGCAGGGCGGGGCUGAGUAAAUGCCGGCUUACCAUCUCUACCAUCAUCCGGUUUAGUCAUCAAAGAAGAGAGAGAAUAUGAAAAUUUUUAAGAGAAUAUGAAAUUCCAGCAAUAAGAAAUGAACAGAAGAAUUGGAACUGAAGACCUUAAGUGCUUGCUUUUUGCUGUUGACCAGAUAACUCGAACUCUCUGCAUUAUCUAUGCAGCAUGGGAUUUUUAUUAUUUUUACCUAAAUAAAAUGGUCUCCUUUUGGGAGUGACAAACAUGUUUUUUAAAGACCUGUUUUUUCUCAAUACACCUUUAAAGGUUUUUAAAUUGUUUCAUAUCUGGUCAGUUGGGAUUUUUAAGAACCUCAUUUUUAAUUUGUAUGAAAUAUACACCUGAUUUUUUCAAGUCAAACUGCAAGCAUCUCUUAAUAAAGGUCUUAAGAAUUGC